AUGGAUUUGCGCACCAUUAUGAAUAGUGAUGCCGCGGGCUCUUCGCGUCGCCCUCCAUCGCCUCCAUCCCACCGCUCCCCGCCGCAACUCACUCGCAAACCGUCCGAGCCAGUCUACCCUUCACACGACCAGCUUCCACCAUCGUCAUCCUCCUAUCCGGCCGGUUAUCCCAACGGGCCACCACAGCAACCUCCACAGCUCCAGCGCGCCCAAACUUCCCCAGACCGAAGCUCCUCCUACGGUUCGCUACAAUCGCCCUAUCAAUACCACCCUACACCUUCCUUGAAUGCAAGCGCACAGCACCAGCGCGGUCCCAGUCCGCCUCCCGGACCUUAUGGUCCCUCUACCAGACGCGACUCUUUCGCCGCGCCUGUGGCCUACAAUCAUCCACAACAUCAUCAAUCGCAACAGCAAACACCAGUCGCUCCCCAGCGCUCUCAAUCUAUCCAGUCUGUUUUGACCCCUUAUUCCUCCACGUCCCACUCAUUCCCCCAUAGAGAGAGUCCUCCCGCCGCCGCGUCACAACAAUAUCCACCCCAGCAGUUUUCUCCUCCGGCACAAGCCUCGCUUCCUGGUACGCCGCGAGGCUCUGUGGCCGCUCCUUAUCAUCAAUCAACACCUUCAUCCGCGCGCCCCCGGUCCUCAGGCCAUGAUUCCCUAUCGAACCGUGCGUCCAGCCCAUGGGUCGGACAAGAUACCCAGAUGCACAUGUCGCCAACCGCGGUCCCUCGACCCGUGCGGCAUGAUUCAAGGGCGUUCGAACAGACCCCGCGACGGGCCUCGGUUGCGCCCGAAAGGAGGGCUUCCGAUGAGAGUGUCAGCCCGAAGACUGCCUUCUCUCCAGGCGUCCGACGCGGUAGCGUGGCAGGGCACAGUGAGCAGGCCGCCUUGGCGCAGCUGAUUGACAGGGAAAAUGGCGUGGCGGCGCAAGGGAAUCGGAACUUUGGCCAGAAUUCACUUAACCAUCCCGCGUCAAGCGCAGCGCAGAUCAACAGCCCCCCUUCAUCCGGAGGGUUCGUCGCAAAUGAAUCCCCAAAGGCGAGACAAGGGCAGCCGCUACCGCCUAAAGCUAAGUUUGUAACUGGCUCGGGACUGGUCAAUUCGAGCCCUGAAUCUCCCAAACCGAAACGAAGACGGUACAAUCAGCCGCCGAUCUUUGCGCAAAGGACAACCCGCACAAAGGGAAGGUGUCCGAUGAUUCCCAAUCGAAUGCCCCCUGUUCCCAAGCAUAUCAGAAACACACCGCAAAAUCCAUGGCUGGUUCGCCAGCAGGCUGUAUCACGCGCCACUCCACCGCCAACAAAGAUCAAAAGAGAGAACUCAGUCGUUAACGGCCCAUCGGCCCCUUCGACACCUGCGGCGCAAUCGCAACCCUCGGAGCCACCGCAAGUGAAGAGUCUAGGGCCCUGGGAGCCAUCCAUAACUGGAUUCAUACCGCACGAGGAAAUAACUAAGAUAGUAUGCGACUUCUUGUUCCAGCACGUGGUUCUUCGAAAUGAUGCCACGGCGGGUCCUGCUGGCUCAACAGCAGUAGGUCAAGGUGCUAUCAUCGAAAUAGAAGCAAAGCUAGGCAAGUUGAUAGACCUAGAUCGCGGGGAGAGGCUUCAGCUGCCGGUACUCAGCGAGAGUGUCAUCAACCGAGAAAAUUCCCGCAUCCGAACAAGCUUUGAAAGCAGCAUGACACAAGCCCAACAUCGAGCCAUGAACAAUUUCCUUAACGAAGCUGUGAAAGCGUCUAUGCCACAAGCUAACCCCGGCCGAAUUCCCCUCUCAUACGCACACAAGAAGGAACGCGAUACAUUCUACGAAGUCUCUCCCUCCGACCUGCCACCCAUCAUUCGUCAAAAUCUCAAUCCUCGCCACAAGCCCCGAGUUCGAGUCACCGUCGAUCAACGCACAGGGGAAGUUCUCGCCAAAAUCGUGAAAUGCCGCGUCGCGGAUCUUGAUAUCCAUAGUCCGCGCACCUGCGUCGACUGGCGCGUCAGUGUCAACCUCGAAAUGAACUACGACGGCGACAUUUCCCACCUCUCACCCGCAGAUACAGGCCGUGGCGCUAGUGACCGGAAUAAAGACCGCAUGAGCUACCGGCACCUGGCUUAUCAGAUUGAUUUGACUCAAGUCGCUAGGUCCGAGCCCUCCGCAAAAGGUGAUUUCGACCACGAACUCGAGAUCGAAGUCUCAGCUGCUGAAAUCCGCCGCCAAGGACAACUCGCCAUGUCAGGGGACCCGAAGAAUCAAUACGAAGACCUGGUCAAAGGCCUUUUGGAUAAUAUCCGCUUGUUGGCGCGUGCAGUACCCGCUUGA